AUGCUGCUGCUGCUGUUUCUUCUGCAGCUGUAUGAGCAGCAGCAACAGCAUCAGCAGCAGCAGCAACAGCAGCAACAGCAACAGCGGCAGCAGCAGCAGCAGCACCACAAUCACGACAAACAGCACCAGCAACAGCAGUGCCACCAAAAGCGCCCACAUCAGCAGCAGCACCAGCAGUAUCAGCAGCAGCAUCAGAACUUGCAGCAAUCGCAGCAGCAGCACUACCACUACCAGCAGCAGCAGAACCUGCAACAGCAGCAGCAGCAGCAGCAGCAGCAGCAGCAGCAGCAGCAGUGUGUAUGUGUGUGCAGCCUGAAGGUCUCUUGGAGCUGUCACGUGGGUGUGCCUUGCGGGGACGGAGUGGACGGCGUAGCAGCAGCAUCAUCAACAGCAGCAGCAACAACAGCAGCAGCAGCAGCAGCAGCGUGGCGAGCUGUAUCUGCAGACUUUGCUGCUGAUGGUUCUCUGCUGCUGCUUGCUGCUGUUGGCGGUGCUGAGGGAAAUGCAGCCAAGCUGCUGCUGAUAGACCUCAAGACAGGAUGCGUAUCUCGUACUUAUGAAUGCCCUGAAGGCGGCAUCUCCUGCGCUCUCUUUGUUGCUCUGUCAACAGCAGAAUGCCUCGUUGGUGGUGCUGAAGCAGAUGCCUGCGUCCGUCUGUGGGACCUGAAUAGUAAUAAAUUUGUUUGUUCAUAUCCUCUGCCUGCACCGCUGAUAGGAUGUGAGGGCCUGAUGCGGCAUCCCCGCCAGCGUCUCUUCCUCGCAAGCUGCAGCAACGGGAUGGUUUUGCUGUUCGACUUGAAGCAGAUGCAGCCGUUGGUGAGCAGGGGUUGUUCUGCCUCUGCUGCUGCUGCUGCUGCUGCUGAUGCUGCUGCUGCUGCUGCUGCUGCUGAUGCUGCUGCGGCUCUGCAUGCGUCUCUGUCUUUGUUUGCCUCCGCUUUGAGCGUCCCAGUUUGCCUUCUUUAUGUCUCCUGCCUGCCCCCGGUGUACCUUGUCUCCUCAGUUGCAGCAGCAACAGCAGCAGCAGCAGCAGCAGCUGCUGCUGCUGCUGCUGCACCAGCUGCGGGCAUGCAGUGCAGCAACGUGCGGCCUGCGAUUGCCUUCGAUUGGGAGGGCCUUGUCUUUGCUGUUGCUCGCUCCUCCACUCACCUUCACCUUGUCAACAGCGAGCUCAGCGACCUUCAGGAGUUCUCUGCCUUUGACCUCUCCGCCUCUCUAGGUCCUGGUAGCUCCAUCGCCAGUCUCUGCUUCAGCCCCAACGGCGACGCUAUUGCUGUUGCUACGAGCCGGCAGCAGCUGCUGCUGCUGAACGCCUUUGAGGGCACGACGAUAGCGAGACUAUGCGAGGGGAAUGGAGGAGACGCUCCCGCCCUGGGCCCCUGCUGCCCGGCUUUCUCUGGAAACAGUUUGCUGCUGUUCUGGUCUCGUGACGCUGCUCUUGCUGUCUUUCGCAUACCUUCUGCUGCUGACAGCAGCGCCAAACACCAGCAGCAGCAGCAGCAGCAGCAGCAGCAGCAGCAGCAGCAGCAAACAGAUCUUGACCCAGACCUCCUCGUCGCCAGACACGCGGGACACGCAGAGCCCAUCACCAUCGUCAAGGCCUCCCCUACACACGGCCUCGUCCUGACAGUUGCUGGAGGGGUGGUGGCCUUGUGGCAGCCGGCGGUGCAGCAACAGCAACAGCAGCAACAGCAACAGCAGCAGCAGCAACAGCAGCAGCAGCAACAGCAGCAGCUGCGUGCAGAGGUGAGGGACACUUCGAGGGACAGAAAGCGCAGCCAAGUGACAAAAGACCCACAGUCUCUAGGUGCGAUGCCUGAGCAGCAGCAGCAGCAGCAGCAGCAGCAGCAGCAGCAGGAACAGAGGCAGUAG